GCUAAAGCCCAUUCCUGUUGAGGCUAUGUCUGCAAACUCCAAACCCAUAUAUAUUUUAACCCGACAUAAAAUUAAACAUCUACACAGCCGCCUGUUGCCAUCUCUUUCUGAAACAUAAAAGAUUUAUUUUAUCAAAGCUGCUAUGAGUGAUCCGGCAACCGAAUCGAAUGAUGUGCAUUCAAGCUCCGAAGAAGCUAAGAAGCCCCAGAUUGAGCCUAUUCGGAUGCCUACUGUGGAGGAAAUAAGGGGCCAAGACAUUUGGAACAACUGUGCAGUUCGUAGUGUUGUUAGCGGAGUCAUGGGAGGGGGACUGGGUUUGUUCAUGGGUAUGUUUCUCGGGGCAUUGGAUAACCCAAUAAUGCAAGAGGAAAUGACUACUAGGCAACAAAUUGUAUACCAAGCAAAGCAGAUGGGUCGAAGGAGUUGGAGUUCAUGCAAGACUUUUGCUGUUAUGGGUUUGGUUUUCUCUGCUGCUGAGUGUACAGUUGAGAAGGUACGGGCGAAGCAUGACAUUACAAAUACAGCAGUUGCAGGGUGCGUAACAGGUGGCACAUUAUCAGCUAGAGGUGGACCAAAAGCUGCGUGUAUGGGUUGUGCUGGCUUCGCGACAUUUUCAGUCUUGAUAGAGAAGUUCUUGGAUAGGUAUCACUAAUCCAAGUUGACAAGAUAGAUCAUUCUUCAGCCUGGAUGAUGUAACCUACACCAACCUACUUUAUAUUUAGAAUCAGAUUCUUUUUGUUCCCAUUCUAUGACAGUGCACAGUGUUGUAGAUGUGCCAUGCUGCUCACUUUCAUUGUCGUUUUUGUCCGAUUCGUAGCUUAAAUGAAAGAAAUGAGGAUUCAUAU